AUGAAGUGUUUAGAAGAUUGGUGGAGUAGACUUGUGAGUGAAGGUCCGGAAAUUCCGCGAAGAAUCCAGAUCUCUGUUUGUGUCCGUUCUCCACCCAACCAUGCCCCUCCUCCCACCAACAUUUCCGCUAUGCAAACAUGCGUUGAACACGGGGUUUUUAAUGAACCUAGUAGAAACGCACUUUUGAUUUGCGCCAUUUUGGUCCGAACACAAAAAACAAGUAGAUUAAGCAUCCGCAUUGCCUUAACUAUACAUUCAGGACAGGAUCGGUACGGCGUCAUGACAAGGGUGUACUAUAAAGACGCCCACGCUGCAGUAAUCGUCAUGGACUCUACGAGGGAACAAACUAUCGAAGGAGCAUGUCGAUGGAAGGCCGACCUUGAUCAAAAGGUCACUCUAGUAGACGGAAGCCACGUACCUGCCAUCCUUGUUGUAAAUAAAUGUGACAUAGACAACCAAAUAAACGAGAAGGACCUUAACGAUUUGAAGGUGAAGAACGGUUUUGUUAGCGUUGUUCGAGCAUCGGCUAAAGCCAAUUUCGGGAUUCAAGAGACAUUCACUGCAAUUGUACGCAAGGUGCGUUUCCUCUCUCACAUUCAACGUCCGCAGCUUUUGGUCCAGAGAAUCAUAAUUUCGUCCCACUAA